AUGAUGGCGCGGUCACGGUCUUCAGGCAACAAGGGCACGGCGGCGGCGGCAGGAUCGGCGGCGGCGGGAACCAGAUCUCCAGAUCUUUUCGCGGCCGAAGACGCUGAACACUUGGCGGCAAACACCGCGGCGAACGUGAUCAACCACGACGACCCGACCACCUACAACAACAUCUUCGAAAAUUCGCCGCCGCGGGGCGUGUUCUCCGCCGCCUCCUGGCCGAAGGCGGCUGCGGCAGCGGGGAGCUCGGCCAGCGGUAGCAAUCAGUGCGGAGGGCGGUCGUCCCACCGGGGGAGGCGCGAGGAGAACUUCCACGCUGCCAUGGACAACAGGCUGGUGUACAUGGCGUUCUCAUCGUUUUGCAACAAGAACUUGUCCUCAGAGAACGUGGAGUUUGUCCUACAGGUCCGUGAGGUGAACCAGCUCUUGGAGAUGGAGGAGACCACCGCGGGCGACCUCCGAGAGAAGCUCCGCCAAGUCGCGGUCGCCUUCGUGAACCCGAACAGUGCUACCGAGGUGAACGUCAAGGGCUCCACGCGCGCGAGCGCACUCUGCGCCAUCGGGGCGGCCCUGGAGGCCGCCGGCCAUGACGGCUGCUGCUGCUGCGGCGGCGGCGGCGGCGGCGGCGGGAGGGGUAGCGCGGGAAAGGAGAGCUGCUGCCCUGGGACCUCCUGCGCGUGGGCCCUGGCGGAGGAGGCCAUCGAGGCGCUGGCGCGGCUGGCGGAAGAGGUGCACUCGGUAAUCUUCGACGGGCUGUGGCCGCGUUUCCUGGUGUCAGAGGAGUUUCACGCCAUGAUGAACAUCGAGCGGCGCCGAUACUCGGCAGCUGGACGCAAAUAUGCGGUCUACCGUGUCGAAUGCUUUGUGAGGGAAGCUCCUCCCACGGCCUCGGCUGUUCCCGGAAUAAAUUUGAUCAGAAAAUUGGUGGGCAAUAGUUUGUCCAAAGCCGUGGGCAUCACGUCCACCAUGCCGUGGGCUGGGUACCGGCUCGGUGGAUCGCUCCGGAUGGCGCGAGGCAGGGCCAUGUGAAACGGCGGUGUUGCCGGCAGCGGCUGCGGCUCCUCGUCCUCCCCCCCCCGGUGUGCGACUCACCGGGCCUCAUGUCUUCGCUAAUAGUUAGUCCAAGGUGGUGGCCGAUCCUCCUUGUUGUUGUACGGUCUCUUGUGUACUGAUCUGGUUAAGCAUUAGACGGCGGUUGUACAUACAUGCGUUUUGCCACCUCGCAGCGACACGAACACAGGCGAUUUGGCGCGCUCCUCUUUCUCCAUAGACCAUAGCCCAUCCUUGUAUCCCCCGGACGUAGUGGUCUACCCUUUCGCCCGACAUCCUUGGUGCUGUUGUCCAAGGGGUUGAUGAACGUUGGACACGUUGUACUCUGAACGAUAAGUCAGUUGUGGAAGGUUUCAAUUAUGUCCUUCCUUCGGGGGAAUGGGCUCUGGAUUGGUCCGCGGACCUUGCAUCUUGUGUUGUUUGGUGUAGCUCUUUGUUGCCGAGAAGGCGGUGUGCCGGGAGUGUUUUCUGUCGGCGGGAGGGUUGAAAUGAGUUGUGACAGCCACCAGCCUUCGCCAUUUACAAUGUUUUGGGCACUACUGCGGUAUGGGCGAGUUUCGUUGGAUGUGGGCUAUGCGCCUGCUGCCGUUGCCCCUCCUGGCCUAAAGAACUAUUAGGCGAUGAGAGGGCAUCCGGCCGUAAUCAGGUUGGAUAUUGUGUCGUGUUGUUGCUUUUAUUCUCGACGAAAAGGGGUAGACGCUUUGGGGGGGGCGGAGGCUUGCUUCCUUAUCGCUACUGCAAUAUACAAUAUUUCAGGGCGGGGUCGUGGAGUACACGCAGGUCGGCGUCUGUACAACCUAUGUGUAGAGAGGACAAGGGGGCUUGCCUGUUGU